UUAAAGUUAAAAUAUUGCCCAAAGAAGAAGAAGAAGAAUAGAUCAAUAAAUCGGAACUCUGAGACUGGGAGCAAGUAACAAUGUCUAAGCAAGACCGGAGUGGUGGAUCUAUACUCCAAUUCGCACCGUUUCAGAGUUUCGUGGAUGAGGGUUUCUGGCAUAGGUUGUCUUCUUUGAAGCUCAACAAGUUGGGCAUCGACGAUUCUCCUAUCUCCAUCACCGGUUUCUAUGCCCCUUGUUCGCAUUCUCAGGUAUCGAACCACUUGGCUCUUCUUUCGGAAUCCCUGUCUAGUGAUGAAAGUGAGCAGUCGUCAAUUCCGGAAAUUUCUCGCGGCAAUAGGAACAGAUGCGCUGUUCCUGGGAUUAUUUACAACACCAAUACUUUGGAGGCCUAUCAUGCUCUGGAUAAGAAAAGCUUGCUCAAGGAGGAAGCCAAGAAGAUUUGGGAAGACAUUCAUACCGGAAAGGCUGUGGAGGACAGUGCAGUUUUAUCGAGGUUCCUUCUUAUUUCAUUUGCAGACCUAAAAAAAUGGAGCUUCCACUACUGGUUUGCUUUCCCUGCUCUCACGUUUGAUCCUCCUGUAACAGUUGUUGAUUUGAAGCCUGCUUCACAAUGGUUUACUUCACAGGAGGCAGAUUCUGUUUCAGUUGCUUGUAAUGAAUGGCGUAACUCAAGCUUAACUGCUGAUGUGCCAUUCUUUCUGGUCUGUAUUGCUUCCAAUUCCCAUGCUACAAUUAGGCAUUUGAAGGACUGGGAAGCUUGCCAGGGUGAUGGGCUAAAGGUGCUUUUUGGUUUUUAUGACCCAUGUCAUCUUCCAAAUAAUCCUGGCUGGCCUUUACGCAACUUCCUAGCACUGAUUUGCUCAAGAUGGAAUCUCAAAACUGUCCACUUUUUAUGCUACAGAGAGAAUCGUGGUUUUGCUGACCUGGGGUUGUCCCUUGUUGGUGAAGCCGUAAUUACAAUUCCACAAGGAUGGGGAGAUGUGCAUUGUGUGCCUAAUCCAGUAGGAUGGGAACUUAACAAAGGCAGACACAUGUCCAGGGUUAUUAACCUUGCUAAAUCUAUGGAUCCAGCAAUGUUGGCCAUAUCUGCAGCAGACUUGAAUUUGAAACUAAUGAGAUGGCGUGCUUUGCCUUCACUUAAUUUGGAUAAAUUAUCUUCUACUAAGUGUCUUCUCUUAGGAGCAGGUACACUUGGAUGCCAGGUUGCCCGCAUGCUUAUGGCUUGGGGUGUACGGAAAAUUACACUACUUGACAAUGGCAGGGUGGCAAUGUCUAAUCCAUUAAGGCAGUCCUUGUAUACAUUGGACAACUGUCUCAAUGGAGGUGAUUUUAAAGCCAUGGCAGCAGUUAAAAGCCUCAAGCAAAUAUUUCCUGCUGUGGAAGCAGAAGGUGUUGUGAUGGCUAUACCAAUGCCUGGGCAUCCAGUGAGCAGCCAAGAAGAAGAGAGCAUGCUUGAAGAUUGCAGACGUCUGCAUGAGUUGGUUGAUUCUCAUGAUGCAGUUUUUCUCUUGACUGAUACGAGAGAAAGCAGAUGGCUUCCUGCCCUCCUUUGUGCAAAUGCUAACAAGAUUACUAUAACUGCAGCUCUAGGGUUUGAUAGUUUCCUGGUUAUGCGGCAUGGUCCAGGUCCUCUUAACUCAACCAAAACUGACGACUUAAAUGCUGAACCCGGAAAUGCUUUAUCUGCUGAUAUUGACGGCCUUGCUUUGGCUGAUAAUGGAGGGAAGAGAUUGGGUUGUUACUUCUGCAAUGACGUGGUUGCACCGACUGAUUCAACUGCCAAUCGCACUUUGGACCAGCAAUGUACUGUUACUCGUCCAGGGGUUGCCCCUAUUGCUUCAUCUCUUGCGGCUGAACUUUUUGUUGACAUCUUGCACCAUCCUAUUGGGAUAUUUGCAGAAGGUGAGAUUGCAAACUCCACUAACUGUGAUAGCUCUGACCAACCUCUUGGUAUUCUACCCCAUCAGAUUCGAGGUUCUCUUCAUCAAUUCUCCCAAAUGACACUUGUAGGCCAUGCUUCUAAUAGUUGCACUGCUUGUUGCAGCACUGUGGUAACCGAAUAUCGGAAAAGAGGAAAAGAAUUCCUGCUCCAAGCAAUUAAUCAUCCUACCUAUCUGGAGGAUCUCACUGGACUCACAGAGUUGAUGAAGUCCGCUAGCUCUUUUAAUUUGGACUGGGAUAAUGAGAUUGAUCCCGAUGAUGAUGAUGAUUAUCUUGAAUUAUAAUUUUCUUUUUCGUAUUUCCUCAUUGCCAAUUGUCCCACAUUCUUAAUUGUAAAAUUAUUCUAGUCAGCAAAGCAGUGCCAAGUGUCCGCUCUUCCUUUGAUCUGUGAUUAGACAUCAUCAUUAUCAUAAAAUGUACAAGUGUAUUUCAACUCACCGGCUCAUUAAUGACAUCAGUAUUAAUUAAA